UCGCUCGUCCGCGCCGCCCCGCGCCUCCGGGACGAUGCUGCGCUGGCUGCGGGGCUUGGUGCUGCCCGCGGCGGCCUGCCAGGACGCGGAGCCGCCCCGGCGCUACGAGACCCUGUUCCAGCAGCUGGACCGCAACCGGGACGGCGUGGUGGACAUCGGCGAGCUGCAGGAGGGGCUCCGGAAUCUGGGCAUCCCCCUGGGCCAGGACGCCGAGGAGAAAAUUUUUACUACUGGUGAUAUCAACAAAGAUGGAAAGCUGGAUUUUGAAGAAUUUAUGAAGUACCUUAAAGACCAUGAGAAAAAAAUGAAAUUGGCGUUUAAGAGUUUGGACAAAAACAAUGAUGGAAAAAUUGAGGCUUCUGAAAUUGUCCAGUCUCUCCAGAUAUUAGGCCUGACCAUUUCUGAACAACAAGCAAAGCUAAUUCUUCAAAGCAUUGAUGCUGAUGGGACGAUGACAGUGGACUGGAAUGAAUGGAGGGACUACUUCUUAUUCAAUCCCGUCACAGACAUUGAGGAAAUUAUCCGUUUUUGGAAACAUUCUACUGGUAUUGACAUAGGAGAUAGUUUAACUAUUCCGGACGAGUUCACAGAAGAUGAAAAGAAGUCGGGACAGUGGUGGAGGCAGCUGCUGGCGGGAGCCAUUGCUGGGGCCGUGUCCCGCACCAGCACCGCGCCCUUGGACCGUCUGAAAGUCAUGAUGCAGGUCCAUGGUUCAAAAUCCGACAAAAUGAACAUAUAUGGUGGCUUUCGGCAGAUGGUGAAAGAAGGAGGUGUCCGCUCCCUUUGGAGAGGAAACGGUACAAAUGUCAUUAAAAUUGCCCCGGAGACAGCUGUAAAGUUCUGGGCAUACGAACAGUACAAGAAGAUGCUUACUGAGGAAGGACAAAACGUCGGCACCUUCGAGAGAUUUGUUUCUGGUUCCAUGGCUGGAGCAACUGCACAGACAUUUAUUUAUCCUAUGGAGGUUUUGAAAACCAGGCUGGCCGUAGGCAAAACCGGACAGUACUCUGGACUAUUCGAUUGCGCCAAGAAGAUUAUGAAACGAGAAGGCGUGGGAGCUUUUUACAAGGGUUAUAUUCCCAAUUUAUUAGGCAUCAUACCUUACGCAGGUAUAGACCUUGCUGUGUAUGAGCUCUUGAAGUCCCAUUGGCUGGAUAAUUUUGCCAAAGAUACUGUAAACCCCGGAGUCAUGGUGUUGCUGGGAUGUGGUGCCUUGUCCAGCACCUGUGGGCAGCUGGCCAGCUACCCGUUGGCUUUGGUGAGAACGCGCAUGCAGGCUCAAGCGAUGGUAGAUGGAACCCCACAGCUGAACAUGGUUGGCCUCUUUCGUCGAAUAAUUUCCAAAGAAGGAAUACCAGGACUUUACAGAGGCAUCGCCCCGAACUUCAUGAAGGUGCUCCCUGCUGUAGGCAUCAGUUAUGUGGUUUAUGAAAAUAUGAAACAGACUUUAGGAGUAACCCAGAAAUGACAUGUUGAAUUUUUUGCUUUAGCAUGAUUACCGAAAUUUUCAAUAAUCUCUAGAGGGACUUUUCCCCCUAGAAUUGAAGGUGGAUGGCAAAAGAAGCUGUAUGUUUUCACAAAAGGAAAGAGCUUAUCAUGAUCGAUUUUAUAUAUAAAUAAACGUUUUUUAAAAAUUAUAGUUUUGAUAAGCUCAUUCAAUUUUGAAAAGUCCAGAAAAUUGUAUUUUUUAUUUCUUCUUAGUCCUUUCUACAGAUCUCUGCCCUGACUUCUAAAUUUGAAACAUAUACCUGCUUGAACUAAAUUUGUGGUGUUUGGUAGAAUUAUAAAUCAUCCACCUUUAUUUUGGAUGGUUCAAGUUGAUGCCAGUUUCUUUAUGCUUAAAUUUAUUUUCUUAAAAACAAGAUGAUCAGAAAACCUCAAAACUUAAAUUGUUUUAUAUAUUUUGAAUGUCUUUAUAGACUUCUUAAAAUUUUCCUGUAGACCCAGUAAUAGAAAGUCAUUGCAUGAAAACACACCUUCCAGCAGCCAGAUAAAUACAGGGUUUAUAUCCUUAUUGUUCUAUAAGCUGAAUAAGAAUGAACAUAAGUGGCUGAAUUUCAAGGCAUGUGAAUACCCUAGUCCAUUUAUUAUCAUUUUGUGUGUGUGUGUGUGUGUGUAGGGAGGAGUGAUGAAAUAGUAUUUAUUUCAGUGGGCUUUUUCUAGUUUCCUUGCAUUGUUAUUUGGUUCCUGGGAUGACACACUGAUUGUCAAUUUAUUACUGUUAUGUGAUCAACAGAAGGCAACUUAUUUGAAAGAUUCUGUUUAUUCUGUCGUUGCUUUGACAAGCACCAGGAAACAAAACCUUUUUACUUAUAUCAGCAUUUGAAGAACAUCUCUCUUUUCUUUGUCCUUUGUUUCCUACUUGAAACAGAUCUCGUUUUAAUCAGGAAGGCUUCAGUGACCAUUCUUGGUUACCUGAGGUUUCUUAAUUCCAUGAAGUGGCUGGGUGAAUCACAUUCUCUUUCUCCUCCUCACUGUUGAAUUCCUUUGAAUCUGCAAUUCUCAACUUGGGCAGCACAACAUAAGAGAAUAGUACAUGUUCAUAGUAGCAAAUAUUAAUCUUAUAUAUUAGGUAAUUAUAUUUAAAUGAAAGGUCCAAUUUAUAAACAUACACAUUCAUAUUCUCUCUUGCCCCAAGUUUUAGAACAUGUUAUGAUAUAGAAAACUUAAUUUUUAAUAUUGAUAGCAUGUUUUUAUUUUACU